AUGCCAUACGCUGAGUUAAAAGCCACGCUCAUCGCGUGUUACUCAAAGUCAGAAGAAGCUAAACUGCAUCAGCUUCUAGAUGGCGAAGCGAUUGGUGAUCGAUCACCUUCACAGUUCCUCCGCCAUCUUAAAUCGCUCGUGCUGACCAUUGAUGACGCGGUUUUGAAAGCAAGAUGGCUGGCAAACUUGUUAAAGAAGACACAAGAGCUUCUAGCUAUUUUUCCAUCAAUAGCUACCAUCGACCGGUUAACCAAAACAGCUGACAAGCUAUAUGAGAUGUUUCCAGUGAUUCACACUGCUGCGGUUGCUUCAUCAUCAUUUUCACAGGAGACGAUCGAGCUGCAGAAACGAGUGAGUGAACUAUCUCGACAGGUAGCAGCACUGACGACAGCUUUUAACCAAAACCGCGGCAGAUCACCAGGACGAAUACAAAAUAAACGCCCUCGAAGCGAAUCGAUGCCACGCAAGCUUGACAAAACAGGCUUCUGUUGUUAUCACACGAAGUUUGGUAAAACCGCGUACAAAUGUACGCCAGGCUGCAAUUUUUCGGAAACGUGA